CGAUUGGAAGAUGAAGAAACCAAGCGACUUCGUAUCAGAGCUUUAAAGGAAAAACGUCGGUUAGAAAAAACGGCUAAAAUACUUAAGGAGCGCGAAUAUCAACGAGCACUUGAGGCAAAGUGUAAAGCUGAUGAAUUCUAUACAUGCUGGCUUUUACGUCGUAUUGGAGUGGAAAGAUUUAAACAAUUAAUAGAACGGAAACGAGAUAAUAGCCGAAAAUGUGAGCAGUUUAGGAAGAAGGUUUUCAAACGCACAUACUUCUUAAAUUGGCGAGACCAUUAUCUAAAAUUGCGCAACGAAAAAUUAACAUUGGCUGAAGAAGUAUACGAAAAAUUUUCAAAACGAAAGACUUUGCGAGCAUGGCAAUUUUACGUGCAAGAAGAACACAGCAAGUUUAAUGUUGCCGUUGACUGGUGCGACUUGAAGCGAGCCGAAAUAGUAUUUAAAUAUUGGGUUCAGUAUAACACGUGCAUGCGGGCAAAUGAAGCAUCUAAAAUUAAUCAGGCAAACUCUCAUCAUGAAUGGCAUUUAAAAUGGAAGGUGCUGGAUUGCUGGCAACGUUUACCACAAAUAUUGCGGUUAGAAAUAGAAACAGAAGAGAGACGUCAACGAUGGCGCAUGAAAAUAUGGGAACUUUUGCCAGAUUACACUCCAAACACAGUGGAUCUAUCUUAACAGCAGCUUAAUACAUUUACAUAUUCAUUUAUAUAUAAUGUUUGUAAUCAUGGUGGAAUAAGAA